AUGGAAGAACCACCUCGCAAAAAGCGACAGCUUUUGGUCUGUACCCUAUGCCGCGAGCGGAAAGUCAGAUGCGACCGUAAUUUACCAUGUGCUUCGUGCAAAAAACACCACACGGAAUCCUUGUGUAUGUACGAAACUACUCCGGAGAAUAUUUCACAAAACCGAAGUCCCACCGGGUCAGCCAAUGGUGAGGCCCGGCUCGCCGGAGAUCAGGGAAACCAAAACAUUGCCAUGCCAGGUACUCGGAAACGUAUUAAGGCGGUCGGUCUGCUGGCUAUUGACCCAGAUCCAUCGGAGACUGUGUAUCUUGCAUCGACAACAGUUACGGAUGUAUUGUUCCAUUUGAAAGGUCUGCGAAACAUCAUGGGUGUGAAUCCUGUGGCUCGGCCAGAUGAUCAUAUCAAUUUUUUUCGAAAUUACUCUUCGGUGAGCUUCUGUCCCAAUACGCAAGAGGAAAUCAACCAUGGGCCAUUCCUGUGGCAUUCUAUUGUGAGAGUCGAUCCAGGUCUACUGCAGGUGUGGUCUUUCAUUAUGAACGUGAGGCCUGCUGGCGCUAAUCUGAAGGGAAUCACUAGUUAUCAGAACAUAUGGCAGGGUGAGUCAGCACAACUUCGAGUGAUCGAUAAGAUCAAACAACACCUGCUUGUCAAGUUCAAGUCGACAGAUGCAGUGCUCAACUCGCAAGAUGUGCCUCUCGGUCUUACGUUCAUGGAUCCCAACAGCCAAAAGCGGGACUUGGGGCUAUCUGAACGUUUAAAGGGUAUUCUUCCGUAUAGACGCUUGAUCUGGUCGCAUAUAGAUCAGUUCUUUAAAUACGUCUAUCCUUUUUUCCCCUAUUUGGAUGAGCAGCUGUUCCGUGCUAGUGUGACACGUAUAAUUGGCGCUUGUGUUUAUGAUGAUAGCAAUGUGACCCGUGUUGUUGCUCAGGGAGUAUCUGAUUAUGCUCUCAUUGGUAUAUUGUGUAUUGUGCUUCGUUUGAGCUACCUAUCGCUCAUCUCAAAUGACCAGGAAUAUAAUGUUCAGAUGACCACCAGUGCUGCAGAUGAUCCUAGUUUGGAUCCAAUCACCAGGGAAAUGCUCAUGAAACCACUCGGGCUCGAGUUCAUAGAUUUAGCUCGUCGCUGUCUUCAUCAUUUCGAAGUACAGACUCGCUCAAAUCUCACCAUUUUACAGUUACUUGUCUUUACACGAAUCUACAUGGAACUAUCACCAGAGGAUCUGGAAGGCCCUGCAAGAGAUGUCUAUCAGCUCAAUAAUGGUGUUCUACUUCAGAUGGCUUACGUUAUUGGUUUGAAUCGGGAGCCUGACUUGAUGACUGACACUCUCAACAAUAAGCGACUCAACCAUGUGCGGCGAAAGCUUUGGAUAUUCAUACAGUUCAAAGGUAUACUCAAUUCCUUAAAAUUUGGUUCACCUUAUAUUGCUUCUUCCAUUUGCACCGAUGCUCGCUUCCCGUUCUUCAGAGAAUCUAAUCGCAAUUGUUGUGAUCCGGAACUAGAUCACUAUGUUGCUAUUUCAUUCAAACCCUUGGAGGAACUCAUCGUCCUCAUGAGCAAUGUCAGCAGUCUCAUCCUACGUAUAAAGGAUGGAACUUCAAUGGCUGAAUUGGUCGAGCACGUCAACAAGCUAGAGAUAUUUGUUUUCAAUGAAUUGGGAACACUCAGGACCUGUCUAGAGUCUUUUUCCGAAACAGGCGAAAAGAGCAUUGUCCCUGUGCUCAUGACUCCAUAUCAUUUGCCUAUUUAUGUGUUUCUCAUCUCGUUGCAUUUUCGUCUUUUCGCAUAUUAUGAAUCCAAGGGUUGCAUUCUGUUAGCAAUGUUCUACUGCAAAAAAAUUCUUCUGUUGAUAGCUGAAGAGAUGCUUCCCUUCACUUACGAUAUUCUCGAUAAACCUCAUCCAUACUUCAAGUAUGCUGCCCAGCUCGUGUUGAACCCACAAAUUGAGUACUUUAUGCAUCGAUCCGUUGGGUUUUUGGCUGCAUGGGCUGCCAGAGUCGGAAAUCAGAUCAUGUUCUCGCCCGAAAAUGGCCCAAUUAGGGCCCCAUACUCCAGACAGAGAGUGCUUAUACGGUCCUUUGGACGUUUGUACAAAUUGUGCCUUCUUUCGAUCUUGAAGUUGAACAAACGGUAUUGUUAUGCCUGGAGAAUCGGUUGCACAUUCAGUUAUAUUCUCAAGUGUGUGGUUACUGAGGGAUUCUAUGAACGUUUGAAAGAAACCGGGAUCCUGCCCUUGAAGACUGCAGAAUAUACCGAAGACCAAAUGAUGACAUUAUCAGAGCUCAUGGACAAACCAUUAAAGGACUCCCAUGCUAGAAAAGGUGCACAAUAUUUUGACAUAGUAAAAGAGGUGAUCAAGUUUGGUAACGGAGAUACUGCUAAGCUAUACGACCCUUCUUCAAGCAGAACACUCUUCCACGACCUAGUAGUGGCUGCAGAUGGUAUAACACUCGAGGGAGCAUCUGAUAUCAAGUCUGAGGAGCUUUUCACGGAUCCCAGCUGGUUCCCUGCAUUGGAGGCGCCCGGCGCCGAUCUGGCGUCAGUGAUGGGCUCGUUUUUCGAUGGGCCAGACGCAUAUUUUGACUCUUUCAAAGAUAUAACUAGCGGCCCGUUGUAUCAAAAUUAUGGCUUCUAG